UGACGUGCCGACGCGCCACUCUCGCGCUUCCUUUCCUACACAAGACUUUAUGUCAUCUUUCACACAUAAAACAGACGACGUCAGCUGGGAGUGGAAGCAAGAGUCAGACGCAGCAUCGAAUGGAUUGAUGAACAAGUAGGAAUACGGAACUUCAAGGAGGCUCUACGCAUGCUCAGGCUCCACGCCCAAGGCCGCCGUUUGUUGACCUUUUCUGUACAUCCACUACCAUCUCCGACCUCGAUUCGACCAAUCCAAGUCUCGUCUUUCCGAAUGUCACUCAAGCGCAAAGCCGCCGUGCCACCCACAGGGGACGCAAGCAAGAAGCCCAAGAAAAAUGCCGACCUGACCUCCUUCUUCGGCGCCCCGAAGAUUACUCCCUCCAACCCUUCAUCAACUACGUCCUCGUCAAGCUCACCCGCUACGCUCAAGUUCGAUAAACAGAAAUGGCUCGCUGGCUUGAAUUCAGAGCAAAAAAGUCUGUUGCAGCUCGAGAUCGACACCUUGGACGAAAGUUGGCUGGCUGUGCUAAAGGAUGAGAUCGUUUCUCGAGAGUUUCUCGAUCUCAAGAGGUAUCUCCAGAAGGAGGUGGCCACCCAGAAGAUCUAUCCACCCAUGGAUUUGGUUUAUAGUUGGUCUCGACAUUGUCCUCUCCACAAGGUCCGCGCAGUGAUUUUGGGCCAAGAUCCGUAUCAUGGCCCCAAUCAAGCUCACGGCCUCUGUUUCUCAGUUCUCCCACCGACCCCUGCACCGCCCUCCCUCGCCAACAUCUACAAAGCCAUCGCGGUCGAUUACCCGUCAUUCCGUCCGCCACCGGGUCGGUCAGGUCUUCUGACACCUUGGGCUGACCAAGGGGUGCUCCUCCUCAACACAUGCUUGACGGUGCGGGCGGGGCAGGCCAACAGCCAUAACAGCCGUGGAUGGGAAAAAUUCACGCAAAAGGUCAUUGACAUCGUGGUGAAGACACGGACUCAGGGCGUGGUGUUUCUUGCGUGGGGAUCCCCGGCUCAGAAACGUUGCAGCGGCAUUUCUGGUGCUCGACACCUGGUUCUGAAAUCCGUCCAUCCUAGCCCCUUGGCGGCACAUAAACCACCCGGGUUUUUCAACAACGGUCACUUCAUCAAGUGUAAUGAGUUUCUAGAGCAGAGGUACGGCGAGGGGGCGGGGAUCAACUGGGAUCUGAAUGUGCCUAAGCCGGUGGCUGCUGUCAAGAGUGACGGUGGACCAGGUGAGGACAAGGGGAAGUCGGGGGAGGGGAUCAACGGCCACAACAAGGACAAGACCCACGAGAAUAGCGCGCAGUCGGACAAGAAAGCGGCUGUCGUGAGCACUGUGCCAGAAAAGCAAGACGUCAACAAAGUAUCACCCACAGAAGAAUUUGAAGGAGUCGACGACGAUGAUGCAAUCGAGGCGCUCGAGGAGUUAACCCGCUUGGAGGAGCAAGGGAAGCUCAAGGAUGGGGAAAACCAGAAAUAAAAGCCCAAGCACUGCUGCGUGGCCAGGUGUGCCUGGCGGUACUACCAGUCAGGAAACAUAACGAUGUUGGCAACUCUAAAGGGAACAAUCAUGGCAAAAGUAGGCGUGUCGAAGCUGUACCAACACAUUUCUUCGAUUGAUUGAUGGUCACGUGGGAGCAUGCGUGCGAGCCUGGCGUAUAGCUCUAUGGUCUGGUCGACCAGGUUCUCAUUUGGUGUUGGAUCAAAUUUCGUAUUUCAUGGACUAUGAGGGUAGCAUGAUCAGCGUCGGGCCUUAGCUAUAUGCAGCGGAUGUAUGCAUGCUUUUUACGUCGGUCGAUAUUCAACCUCAGUCACCUGUAC